CGCCUGGUUCCCGUCCUCCUUACAGAAGUCAAGGAAGCAUAUUACGAAAGGGAACGAGGGUUGAUACGGCGAAUGAGGGAAAGUGUUUUAGCAGGGCCAUAUCGUAUCAACGAAGGGAACGAGGAGGAGUUAAUCAUAGGGGAGUCCAACUUCCUACUACCUCAAGAGCGAACAUUGGUGGUGGAAUCGAUGAAGAGGAGGCAUCGCGCCUGUGCGUUUAGCGAUGAGGAGCGUGGCACGCUGGAUGUGGACAAGAUACCUAUGAUCCGCAUCCACACCGUGCCACACAAGCCUUGGAACAUGAGAGGGGCGCGAUACCCCAAUCCUGACGAGGAAAGGAAGGUGGUGGAUUACCUCGACGGCAAAAUACAUACGGACGUCGCCGACUAUUCUAGUGGACCGUAUGCGUCCCCGUGRUUUUGCUUCAUUAAGCCUAACGGMACGCUGCGAUGGGUGCAAGAUCUGMAGAGGUUAAAUGCGGUGACCGUGCGAGAUGCUGGAGGACUGCYAAAURCGGAUGCUUUGUCGGAAUCCUGUGCUGGAAGRCCURYAAUUUCGCUUAUAGACCUUYACUCAGGAUACGAUCAGUUUCCAGUCUACCCGCCGGAUAGGCSUGUGACGGCUAUGCACACGCCGCGAGGAUUAAUCCACAUGAACGUGGCCCCUCAAGGCUCGUUGAACCCGGCAGAAAAUGUGGACGAAGUGCCCGAGAGCCAGGACGACGAGUUCGAGGAGGGAGAGAUUAAGGAGGCUUUUCGUGCAGAGGAGUACGACGGGAUCUACCUAGAGCUAGGACUUCUUCUGUCCUGCGAAAUGCAGCUAAGGGAUGCGAGCGAUAUGGCUCAGAGGAUGCUGCAGCGCUACUUAGUGCGAGACGGCCACCUUUUCGUGAGUAGAGAAGUGAGGAAUCCCAGGAGAGUCGCCUGCGGUAGGAAUCGUCAGAUCGACGUGGUAGCAGCGCUCCACGAUGGCAUUGCAGGAGGGCAUCGAGGGGUACAAGCCACAUAUGCCAAGAUAAGUGAGCUAUACUACUGGGAGGGGAUGAUGGAUAUGGUCGGGAAGUUCUGCCGAUCUUGCGUACCUUGCCAGGAAAGAUCCCGUUUAAGGCAAGGAGAGCCGCUGCAUCCAAGGGUAGAGCGAGAGGUGGGGGCCGUAGUGCAUCUCGAUCUACUUUUUAUGUCGCUUGGGGAUCAGGGCUAUAACUACAUCUUCGAUGCGCGCGAUAACCUGUCUGGGUUCGUAGACGAGCGUGCUAUUCGCACGAAGACCGGGUCGGUCCUGGUGAGCUGCAUCGAGGAGUAUUACCUGCGCUAUCCUUUCGUCAGGGAAUUUGUAAUAGACAGGGGAUCAGAGUUUACCUGCCAGGAGGUGCAAGAAUUGUUAUUAAGGUAUGGUGUGGCAGCCAACUACACCACGGCCACGCACCCCCAGGCGAAUGGUCCCGUAGAGAGAGGACAUAGUACCAUUACGAGUCUCCUGGCUAAGUGGACCGAAGGUAGGCCUAAUCAAUGGCCAAGAUACCUAAGGGCGGCGUUCUUUGUCGAGAACAUUACAGUAAAAAGAUCCACCAAGUACGCAUCGGCAACAUUGUGGUAUGGAAGGCACGCCACCUUCCCUAUCGAGAGCUUUCUUAAGAUAUGGAGGCGCCAGGAUCUAGAAGUUAACCUGUCAUUUGAAGAGUUGCUCGAUAUUCAGGCGCGGCAAAUAGGGGCGAUAGAAGAAAGGAUCCAGGAAGCGUCUGACCAGGUGGCGAGAAGCCGUAUGGAUGAUAAGGCUCGAUGGGAUAAAUCUGCGCGGGUGAGGAAAGUACCCUUGGCAGUUGGGGAUGUCGUGCUCCUCUACGAUUCAUCACUGGAGAAGCAAUGGUCCAGGAAGCUCGAUAAGCGGUGGUUAGGUUCCUACCGGAUCGGGAAUUUGUUCAAGGCACAACGCCACUUCACGCAGAUGAAGAGGUGCUCGGCGGCGACGAUAGACGUGUUCGUUGACAUUUGGAACCACAAGGAUUACGAGUUCGAUAACAGACAUCACCGCGGUAUCGUGGCUUACAUGAGGGAGCACGAUAUUGUGGAUAGACGAGAUGUGGACGUCCAGCGAGGCAGUGGCAGGGGGAGGACGGGAGCGUCGCAGUCGCAAGCAGAGAAGCUCGAUCCUGUGGAUGAGGUGGAGAGGUUCCUGGACGAGCAGGCCAGGCGAGCAGAGGCUGCGGAGGGUGGAGGGACAGCCGCAGCAGAGGAUUUGCCAGGGGAGGAGGUGGUUAUGACUGCGCGAGGGAGAAGCGCCGCUCACCGUCAUGAGGGGGACGCACCGGGCCCCGCGGGGAAGAGGCCAGUGGGCAGUGGAGUUGAGGGUGUGCUGCAGGUGCACAAGAGACAGCGGCAGUCUAGUCUGGAUGAGGUGUACGAUCCAGAUGGGCAGGCCACAUUCAGGGACACCUUUUUGUAGUGGUGCUAUGAUAGUGGUAUACCAUUUAAUGCUUUCAGGAGGCAGUCAUGGUAUAGGCACAAGAAGGCG